AUGCCACAGCUCAUUGAGCAGUGGAGAAUGAAGUCUGCUGAGGGCAUUGCCAUUGGCUUUAUCACCAUCUGGUUUUUGGGCGACGUGCUCAACUUGGUGGGUGCCUUGUGGGCCGGCUUGCUCCCUGAGGUCAUCUUCUUGGCCGUGUGGUUCUGUAUUGCAGACUUCUUAAUGAUCGCUUCCUACUUCUACUACACAAAGGUGUACCCCAAACACCACAAGAAGCCAAAAAGAGCCAGCAGCAGAGGCAGCAGAGGCAGUCACGGCUCCCAUGAAAACGCCCCCUUGUUGAGAAGAAGAUCUUCUACUUUGACCGAUAUCGCAUUGGAACCAGAGUACCACAGCAUCGUGACCCGCUACGUGUUGCCCAUUAUUUUCGUUGUUGCUGCCGGCGUUUUGGGAUUCUUGUUUUCAGACACUGCAGCCGACGACGGCAAGAGCCCAAGCAAGAUUGACGCUGGUCCACAAAUCGUGGGCUACUUGUCUGCCCUCUUGUACUUGGGAGCCAGAAUCCCCCAAAUCCUCCAAAACCACAGAAGACGCUCCGUGGAGGGCUUGAGCUUGCUUUUCUUUUUGUUCUCCAGUUUGGGUAACCUCACCUACGCGGGCCAGAUUUUGUUCUACCGCUCGGACUCUCAGUACAUUGUGUUGAACUUGAGUUGGUUGUUGGGUUCCUUGGGCACCAUUCUCGAGGAUGGCAUCAUCUUCGUGCAAUUCUACAUCUACAAGGGACAUCACCAGCAUUUGGAGGCCGUUGUCUCCCCAUGA